UCUAAUCUGACGGGGCUGUGAAUUAUACACGGAGGGAGUGAGGGGGCGUGCAUCAUGGAUUCAACAAAAGACUAAGGAGUCCAGCUCAGCACAGAGAGAGAGACAAAUUUCCCUGUCCCCCUUCCCAGCUGAUCGACGCGGCAGCAGCGGGAGACAGUCCAGCGGAGACAGAGGUGAGCCGAUUCACUCAUUCCUCCUUUUCAUUUACUCCAUUGUUGACGAACGAUGCCACGUCACAUCUCCAGGAUUCGCACUGCAUUGCAUGGCUUUAUUUCUAUCCACACGCCGACUCGCAUACGCAUCACAGGUGUCACUAUGUUUGGCCAUUUCCUGUUGCUCUUCCCCCUGGUGGCAUCUGUGCCACCACCCUCUGGUGCCCCCCUGAGACAAUGUCAUCACUGCUGUGACCACCUGGAAUCAACAGGGGGCGCUCCUCCAACGGGUCUGAACCAAAUGCCUGAAGUGAGGACCUACAUCAACAUGACCAUCCUCAAAGGGGACAAAGGGGACCGAGGAGAUAGGGGAACACCUGGGAAAGCUGGUCUCACAGGGCCACCGGGCUCCCGAGGUCCUGCAGGUUCUAAGGGGAGCAAAGGUCAGGCUGGUGCCCCUGGAGAUGCCUGCAAAACCCAAUACUCUGCCUUUUCCGUGGGCAGGCAGAAGGCCCUGCAUAGCAUGGACUACUACCAAGCUCUGGUCUUUGACACGGUCUUCGUCAACCUCGAUGAGCACUUCAACAUGUUCAAGGGCAAGUUCUACUGUUACGUGCCCGGGAUCUACUUCUUCAAUCUCAACAUCCACACCUGGAACUUCAAGGAAACCUACUUGCACCUGAUGCACAACGAGCAGGCCAAAGUGAUCGUGUACGCGCAGCCGAGCGACCGCAGCAUCAUGCAGAGCCAGAGCGUCAUGCUGCCGCUGGAGCAGAACGACGAGGUGUGGGUGCGGCUUUACAAGCGCGAGAGGGAGAACGCCGUCUACAGCGACGACGUGGACAUCUACAUCACCUUCAACGGCCACCUCGUCAAGCCCACUCAAUGAAAGCCUGCGGACCAACCAAGCCGAGAGCAGGACUUCCUCAGAAGUUUAAUACGGAAUAGCCUGCUAUUAUUACCAGUCUUAUUACCAGUCUAAAGGCUUAACUGGACUUUUCGCUGUUUCCACAAGUGUACUUGAUGACUUUUGGACAUAGCUGGGAUGGACGUAGUUAUCAACUUAGCAAUAUAACUGGAUAAAGGCCUCGCAGCUUCCCUCAGACAUACAUUACCUUGUUCAGGUGUCUUGAUACAUUCAUUGGCCUGCUGGCCGCUUGUGUGCGAGACCAAGCAUUAAGCUUGAUCGUGCUGGAGACCUCAGGACUCUGCAGCCGCCUCGCCUUUGAUUCUUUGGUGCUCAAUUUCUGCCGGACUCCGAGUCUGGCUGAAAUCUCGGUCGGUGCUUUAACUCUGCAGACGGGUUCCUCAAAGGACUGAGCGGAAGAACGGUGCUUUUGGAAAAGGAUCAAGUGCUGGCGAUACAAUCAGACAUUCCAAAAACCCAGUGGUCUCAUGGCAGCUGGUGGGAGUCACACGGGAGGCAGAGCUGCAGAUGCAUCACCGUAAAACUGCUGCUGUCUUUCAAGAAAGCGUCUAUUACAUUGUAAUUCAUGGCCUGGUGCCUUGCCACCAAAGAUAUACAAUCAUGAGGAACAGGAUUUUGCAUGGUGUUCCUCAUUAGCCAUCGAUGUUCCAGUAGCCUCAAGGCAUGCGAGGGCCUCUGAAGUCAGAUUCAUAAUCUCAACAUGUUGGCAUCCUGUCCUCCACUAGGUCUGCAAACAGGCAGGAAGAUUAAAGGCCCUCAAAUUCUUAGCAGUGAUUAGAAAAGGAGCCAUUGGCUGAAAUACGCAUGGUUUCAAUUAUUGUCUUCCAGGGUUGUUUAAUUACACUGACAGUCUUUGAGUGUGCAAGGUCUUGAUGAGCGAAAGGCCAGCGAAGCACAUAUAUCAGACUUUAACUUACUGUCAUCCCUGUUAGCUUAAGUGUUGCAUUAGGCUGCUUAUACAAACCGGCUUCUUUAGAAUCACGGAUGUCAAGCUCCAGUCCUGGGGGGCCAGAGCCCUGCACAUUUUGGGGUUUCCCCUCAUUUAAUACACCUGAUUCAACUGCUUGUGCUAAUUACCACGAGGAGGAUCCCUUUGGAUGGAAAAUGGUGCUAAGUGCUAUGUGACUACGCUGUUAAGUGUGACUACUUGAGAAAAGAGAAAUAAGUUUAAGAGUCAAGGAGGCAGUCUGUAGGUGGAUUUUGAGAGAAACAGGGGGUUAUUCCGACAUAAAGGUAUUCAGUCUGCAACUAAGACCAUUCAUCUGGAUAAAACAACUAUUGUACAGUGUAUUUGAUAUGGAUAUACACUCAAUGGCCACUUUAUUAGGGACACCUAGGUAGCACUGGGUAGGACCCAAUUCAUUAGAAGCCUUUAAUAUUAGAUCAGUACGUUUCCAUCCAGGGAAAAACAUGUAUCUAGUACUUGUUAAGAACCACUUUUGCCUGCAGAACCACUUCAGCAUAGAUCCGUUGUACAUUCAGAGCAGCAACUCUGCACACCACUCAGCUCUUAGUCUUGCAUUUCUGUUCAGUGUAACAAGCAUAGCCCUUCACCGCUGCCCAUGUUCUGUUCAUCGCAUCAUCCUCUGUGAACUCAGGCCGUUUGGGUUAAACAAGCAGGUCUGCUUAAUAAACUGAUCACUGAGUGUAUAUCUGCUGCCCUGUUCAGAAGUAGCAGCCAUGCCAGCAGUAUUAAAUACAAAGAUCACUUGUUGAUAUUAGGGGAAGCAUUGGCAAAGGCACCGGUGGGCCAGUAAGUCGGUCAGCACCAAGCUCAUAAAAUUCAAAAUGGAUUCUGGGGAGAGUACUGGCCCAUAUCUAUGGAAGGAGGUGGGUUGCUGAUUGAGGGCACUUAACUGAGUUAAUAAGACAAGAACGGACUGACUUAUGCUGGUCGUAUUCAACAUCUCUCCGUGUGAGGACGAUUAAACAGACUUGACAACAGACAGGUGCUAAAAUAAUGUUUUUUUUUUAUUUUUCAUUAUUUAAUCAAUUUAUCGAUUUGCUUGCUACGCAUAUAACCUUCAACAGUGUGCAUAUUAAACGCUCUGCAGUUGUAAGGUUGAGUGUGGAGCUUAUUUUUAGAAGUGUGUGUGUGCUGUGUUAAGAAGCUGACAUUGAUUGACGAGAAAACCUCUUUAGGGUAAAAAUAAACACACAGUGAGGCUCAGAUGAGGCGCCCACAGCAACGUAAGCGCAUCUCACUAUGGUUUCCGGGCCUUAGCAUUACCGCUAAUGACAGGGCAGUGGACUUUGGCUCCACCCCACCACACCCAGAGAAUAGCAGUGAACCCAAGUGAGGUCUUCAUGUCUCGGUCUUUGUCCAGUUUACAGCAGUUUGUUUACUUCACCAACGCUUUCCUGGCUUGUGUUUGUAGCUACAUUGUGUAUUUGACAGCGCAUAAGGGCCAGAAGCAUAAGAUUAUGUUAAAAAUUAGGGUGUUUACAUUCCAGGGACCACAGUGGAAUGUUACUUCUGAAAAAUAAGUCUUGCGGUGUAUGGUUAGAUACACCCACUGAAGGAAUCCGUCCCAUUAAACACAACGAUCACCAAUGACCAAAACAAUGGAGACGCCUCCCCCAACAGUAAAUGAACGGAAAAAUGCUAAUCACUAAGGAAUACAAUCAUUUUGUCUCCAAGAGUCUGUCACUCCUGCCAAGACACACAAAAUAAAACAUUCCUCUCCACAAGGUCUGGAUUUGUUGGUAUGACAGCGUUUUGCUUGGAUGUGAACCGAGUUUUGGUGUAAUUCAUCCAGCUCCACUACAAAGGUAGAAUAAACACCAAGGUUCAAAUUAUGGGGGAGCUCAGGGGAACCCCCCCCCCUCCACCCACCCUGAAAAGGACUCGAGCUCCCUUGCAUGCCUACUCUGAGACCUUUAGGGGGAGCUCUAUAAAAUUGUCCACUUUUGCGUUAUAGGUUAUAUUUUAUUUUCCGUACAUUAAGGCUCCUGGAAUAAAAAUAAUAGUAUAAA